AUGACAAUAGAGUGGAGCCAGGACGAACGGAGGGUGUUUUCGUUAUGCAGCUUCGUCUCGAGCCUCCUGUCCCUCAUCGGCAGCAUCUUCAUCUUCAUCUCCUUUCUGGCCUUCUUCAAAUCGCGUUGGAAACAAAUCACCCACCGCCUGGUCCUCUCCCUCUCGCUCUGCCACCUCCUCCUUUCCGUCUGCUGGCUCAUCGGGGGACCCCUGGACGAGGUCUCCGCCGUCACAUGCCAGGUCCUCGCCCCGCUCCGCUACUAUCUCUUCCUCGCCUCCUUCCUCUGGACCUCCGUCAUCGCCACCGAGAUGCUGUCGAUGUGGUACCGGGCGCGGGUGAACCAGUUCGGCGAGCUGGUCAUUCCCCAGCCCUCCUCCGUGCGCCAAGAGUUGUGCUACCACAUCGCCGCCUGGGGCAUCCCUCUCGCCAUCACGAUCUGGCCCACCAUCUUCCACCACCAGGAGCACGGCCUGUGGCAGUGUUGGUUUGAGGACGACUACUGGACGUUCUUGUUCCUCGGGUUCGUUGCGCUGUCGUGCCUGUACUGCCUGGGCGUCUACUGCCUCGCGCUGUUCAAAUACCGAACCCGAUUAUACGACGCGGGAACGGUGAAGAUGACGAAAGUGGGGUCGGACCUGCUGAGCGGCUGCGUGCCGCAGUUCACCGCCGAGCACGAGGUGUGGAUGGGCGCCUUCUUUGCCGACAAAUCAGUCGGUGACGAGCCGUGGCUGCUGACGGGCGCGCAGCUGGCGCCCGGUUUUGAUCCGGCCGACUCGACUCUGGCCAACCGCACGGACUUCAUCGACCGCUUCCCCGCGUGGUACCAUGACCUCAUCAUCAAGCUCACUCCCGGCCAAUAA